CUUGAGCAGGGAGCACACUGCACUCUUGGAUUUACACUCAACCAUCACAGAGGGAGUACACUUUAUUCUACCAACCAGCGCAAAGCCCCACAGAGCAUAGCAGCAUGGGGAGCAGCAUGUCAUGUGUCCCCCAGCACAACUUCAGGUUCUCCAGCAAGAGUUUCAUACGCAGAAACAGCAGUCGCCUGUUUCGCAAGAAGAAUCCCCAAGAGGGACAGGAGAAGUCCAACAGCAUCAUCAAUAUCCUGUGCACGGUCACCCCCAGGAAGGAAAUGUCCCCUAAAGAUCUGCAGACGAUAGAGAACAUAAAAUGGGAUCCUCCGUUUCCUUAUGAUCCGGCCAGCGGCUGGAAAAAGAGCAGCAUCAAUGUGAAGAAUUACGGACGGAUGAUUCACAGCUCCAAAGUCCGUUUCCGUUUCCUCCACUGCCAGGAUAUACACGACUGCUACCUGGAUCUCUUCCAGACACACCUUCAUUUUGUCUCCAACAACACAACUGGAUUGACGUACCAGGGGACUCUUCCGUUGAAAGAACUCACCAUCUGCAACUUGCAACAGAACUGCAAUCACAGCCAACCCCAGGAAUUCGCCUUUCAGAUAAACGGCGUCAGUCUUAACCCCAUCAUUGUCUACUGUGCCAACCAAGAAGAGAUGGACCUUUGGUUUGGCCUGCUGAAAGAAAACAUUGAGGCUAAUGGAGGCACUGCAAUUGCACCUGAAAACUACACCAGAGUCAAACUAAACAAGGACGAGACUCCUGAGGGAAGAGAGGAACUGAGAAACUCCAUCAACAGAGAGCCCAUCUAUGAGUGGGAGGGGUCUCAGCGGGACAGCCUGGGCCCCAUCACCUAUGUAACGAAAGUCCGACUACAACACCUGCCUUGUCAGGAACAGAAUGACAGACUACUGGUGAUGUAUCCAUCAACCCUGAUCAUCCUAUCAGAAGAAAAUGAUGGACUCUUCUAUAAGGGAAAACUUGCGCUCAACAUGAUUACGGUGACCACACCUUGUCAAGACGUCAAGCCCAACACGUUUAAGAUUGAAGGGAAGCUGAUCAACCCCAUAGUGGUGUCCUGUCUGGAUAGGACUGAGUUCUGCGACUGGAUCCAGCAUUUCAAAGCUGCUGACGUGCCCGUUCUCAGUCCCCCGCCCCCCGUGUAUGACAUCAUCUACACCCCGACCAACAAGGAGGCCCCACAGUUUGACAGAUGGACUGGAAACAGUCAAGGAAAAAUAGAUCAUCAUAAAUUCAGCCAGUCAACAAGUGGACAUGGGUCCCUAAACCUUCAGUUACCAGUUCAUGAGGAAAACCCUCUCUCCCCCGGAUACUCUGAGCCCCUCUGUUACAGCUCCAGCCGUCCCUCCUCAACUGAGACUGCCCGGCUGGGCAGCAGAACCAACAGCAUGUCCUCCCACACCAGGCCUGAGCGUGACAUUCGACCUUUGUCGCAGCGCUACUCCUCCCCCCAGCGUGGCUCCUACCUGCAGCCAGCAGAGAGCUCAGUGCUGUCGCAGAUGUACAGCACACCCUACUCUGGCCUACAUCGUGUCAGCCCACUGCGCCUGGAGAAAGCCCCGCUUGUCAAGUCUAACAGCUGGAGUACUCCACAGACAUCCCUGAGCUACUCCCUCAACACCCCCCAGCGCCACUCAGACAUGUGCGCCCCACGACAACCCUUGUCGCCUCUGUAUGAUGAGCCCUGCAGCCCUGAAAUCUACUCUCUGCAUGAGGCCAGGCCGGUGCAGCAGAGCUGGAAUGAACCGAUCCACUUUCGACACCACCAGCAGGAGCUCCUGCCAUCCUCCUUCCAGCUCCACACCCCUCCCAUGGGCAGACGCUGCAGAAGAAGCCUGGUCCUGACUAACUCCAAGGGUCAGGCUAUGGGCCUGGAGGUGGAGACGCCUCAAAGCCAAGCAGAGCAGAGAGCAGAAGCUGUGGCAAGGCUAAAGCUGCUGCCUCUGCCCAGCCAAGUGCCAGAGCAGAUACUUCUCCCGUCGAGCUCUGUGAGGAACAACGCUCAGAUGCCUUACGGUUACUCACCAGAUCACCAUUCGUACCUCGAACCCACAGAACCAGAUGACCAGGAAAUUGACUAUGACAACAUUUGGGACUACGACUGUGAUACUGGAAUGAUUCAGCCAACGUCUGGAAUUUCGACACACUGGACAGGAUUAGACUUUGGGGCCACAGGCCUUGGUGCCAUGGCAACCCAGCAGAGAUGGUCAUAAAACAAAACAAUAGCGCCGGCACUCGUCUGGACGUGUGCAAACAACAGAUCUCUAUCAGAGGGAUAAUAAAAGCCAACAAGCACAGCCGGUGUUGCUGCUGUUGUGUACAGUAGGAACCGACAAAUCCCAGGAACUGCUUUGUUAGAUGUGAGGUAGUCGAGCAGAAAAUGCAGGUAUGAAAGAAAAUGGCAAGUAGUAAAACAUUAUGAAAGUAAAAAACUACAGAUGUCUGAUAUAUGCAGCAUUCAAGAAGAAGACAGCAGAGCUUUAAUGUUAUUUUAUUGUACUGCACUGUGAAAGGUUUAAUAUGAGGUACCUCCUGUUUUCUAAGAGUUAAAGGAUUUUCUAACAGGCUGUCCAUUUUGCUUGUUAUGCGUUUCCUUUCGUUUUGAAUUUAAGCUAUAAAAAGCAUUCCAUCAGGGCUUGUUAUAGUAGAGAAUUUAUGUAUAUUUUUGUAAAUGUUGUACAUUUAUUAUAUUACACUGUCAAGGUGAAUAGAUGUGGAUUCAAGUGACUGCCUUAAAGGUGCUAAUAUUACUAGUAAGACUGUACAGUACUGACACCCGUGUGACUUUUUUCCAUUUUUGUUUGAAGUGUUUAUAUAUAUUUGGAAAUAAAACUAAAAAAUUAUCACCCA